AUGGCCUCUCCCCUCGCUCAGCCAGACUCGAGCGACGAUGAAAUUGAAGAGAUAGAGUUCAUUCAAGUUUGGUAUACAGGCGACGAAGACCCAGAGGAUCCCUACGAGACCGAAACCAUCAGUUCUGACGACUAUACUAUGCCAUACACAAACCCGCCCUGGGCUGCUCCUACAGAGCGUCCCUCCGUACCUCCAUGGGUUCGACCCCAUGGACCUCCUCCAUGGGUAACGACGACGACAUCAUCGAGCAGUCAAAUCACCCCUCAGCCUGAGUAUGGCCACUCAAAAUCGCUGACUCCCAUCUCUGAAGGCAAUGCCCUGUCGACGGCUAGCGAAAGCGCGUCAACCUCAACAGGUGCACCCGUCGUUGAGGGGGAGAAGAAGGUCCACCAUAAGGGAAUGGUCAUGGCCAUGGGCGUCGCCGUUCCUUUACUUGUGCUGGCCGGCAUUGCCAUCUUGGCCUUCAUUGUGCUCCGCAAGCGUAGACGCAACAAGCGACAGGCCAUUGCACAUGCGCAAGCACAGGUGGAUCAGAUGAAGUACAGUGGUCGGCCUUCACACAUAGCGGCCCAUUACCACGUUCCGCCGCCUCCUCCUUCAACAUCACCACAGUUCCCUCAACCCUCAGCCCAGCCUCCCUACUCUGGGCCACCAGGCCAGCCACCACCCGUGAUUCUCGGACCCAUCGUACCGGGCUCGAAUGGAGCAUACUUCACGGGUAUCGACACGUCAGACGUGGUAUCUGUGAACAAUGACCAUCCACCUUAUCCUCCUCCCGGGCUGAACGACCGCACUGGUCUCGGCAACCCCUUCGCAGACAACAACAGCAUUAAUGACGAACCACCACCACCAUACCGACCACGCAGCAUAGCAGCUCUAUCCCGAGACUCGAGCCUUCGUUCACAAUCACGAAACCCACCGCCUCCUCCAUUCCCACCUCAGCUUCCGCCGAUAGCAGAUCACUCCCGCACCAACCUACUCGACGCAUUCCCCUCCCAGACCGGCUCCUCGAGAUCCCCCUUCGCAGACCCGGACUCAGACUCGGACGACGACGCGAUAAGCCAGAUCUCAGGCCGCGCCCCGCGAAGAGCUAGAGAAACCAUGUCCGACGUAUCGGACAUGUCCUAUCAGCAGGACCCCAGGCCGGGUGUGUAA